AUGUCUACUAACAAGCUGUCGGGAGCUAAGCUGCAGAAGUUCAACGCCGGGAACAACUUGUUUUCCGGCGAGAUACAGGCACGGCUCGUUGCCAGAAUGCCGUUGCUGCAGGAGUUAGUCAUGUCUACUAACAAGCUGUCGGGAGCGAUCCCGGCGAGCAUCGCGUCGCUCGGUGGCCUCACGCAGAUGAACUUCAGCAACAACCAGUUCACCGGCGAGAUACCGGCAGGAUUGGGCUCUAUGCCGGUGCUCACCCUGCUCGACGUCUCAUCCAACCAACUCUCUGGUAGCAUCCCGCCAGCGCUAGGAUCAGUAAGGUUGAACCAGCUAAAUCUUUCAUCCAAUAAUCUCGUCGGCGAGGUCCCGGAGGCGCUCGCUGUCUCCACCUACGACCGAAGCUUCUUGGGCAAACCCACGCUUUGCAUGGGCCCGGCAUCGUCAGGGAACCUCGCCGGCGUGAGUUCGUGUGCAGCCAGGUCAUCCGAAAAGGUAUCACCAGGCCUCCGCACCGGCCUUGUCGCCGCCACCGCCGCUGCUCUACUCGUCGUCAUCAUUGUGCUCGCUUUCUUCAUCGUUUGCGACAUCAAGAGGCGGAAGGGGCUCGCGCCGCUCGAAGAAGCAUGGAAGCUUACCCAGCCGCUGGACUUUGGCGAAGCCGCCGUGCUGCGAGGGCUCAGUGACGAGAACCUCAUCGGCAAGUGCGGCUCGGGACGGGUGUACUGCGUGGAGUGGUCCUCACGUUGGGAGGGAGCGAGAGGGACGUCAGCAAUGCCCCUCCCAAACGGAGCGGACGGCGGCGGCUCGGCGUCUGACGACGAGCUCAUGGCGGCCGUCGCCACACUCGUCCACGCCGGCGAGCUCGAGGUCACACCUCGGCAGCGACGACGAAUAAGGGAGGGGAGCAGGGGAGUGCGGCUGGUCCGACCAGGUGGGCUGCUGUUUUAUUCCCUGACGAUUUUGCAAAAAGACCCUCGUAUUGCCCCGUAUUGA